GCGGCGGCGGGCGGGCCAUGCCGGGCGGGCUGCUGGCGGCGCCGGGGCUGCUGCUGCUGCUGCUGCUGUGGUCGGCGGGGCCGGGCGGGGCGGCGGGCAAGACGGUGCGGCAGGAGGAGGCCGCCUUCGAGCAGCUGUACGCGGGCGCGGUGGACAGCGAGCGCCUCGACAUCUACGCCUUCAACCACACCGUCCGGCGCAACUGGACCGAGGGCGUCCGCGUCUCCGUGAACGUGACCUCGGCCCAGAAGGAGGCGCCGCCGGUCCUGUUCGUGGUGCGGCAGAAGGAGGCCGUGGUGUCGUUCCAGGUGCCGCUCAUCCUCCGGGGCCUGUACCAGCGGAAGUACCUGUACCAGGAUGUCGGCCGCACCCUGUGCCAACCCCAGACCAAGAAUGAGUCUGAGCUGCAGUUCUUCUAUGUGGACGUGUCCACACUCUCUCCUGCCAACGUCUCUUACCUGCUCCAGGUCACGCGCGUGGACAACUUUGUGCUCAGGACGGGCCAACGCUUGGGUUUCAACGCCACGGCCGCCCAGCCACAGUAUUUCAAGUACAAGUUUCCAGAGGACGUGGACUCGGUGAUCGUGAAGGUGACCUCAGCCACGCCCUUCCCUUGUUCAGUCAUUUCCAUCCAAGACAUCCUGUGCCCCGUCUACGACCUGGACAACAAUGUGGCUUUCAUCGGCAUGUACCAGACCAUGACCAAGAAAGCGGCCAUCACAGUCCAGAAGAAGGGUUUCCCCAGCCACAGCUUCUACGUGGUGGUGGUGGUGAAGACGGAGGAUGAAGCCUGUGGUGGCGCACUGCCUUACUACCCCUUCUCCAAAGACGAGCCUGUUGAUCAAGGCAACCGUCAGAAAGCCCUGACCGUCAUGGUGUCUCCGGCCGUCACCGUGCGGGCCUACGUGAGUGGGACGCUUUUCUGCUUGGGCAUCUUCCUCUCCUUCUAUGUGGUGACACUGCUCAUCGCCUGCUGGGGGACCUGGAGGCAACGGAGGAAGAGGACGGCGGGGCUUUUAGCCCCUGUGGAGGCACCUGAAACUGACACGGCUCCUCUUCUUGGGCAUGCCCACGUCACCCCAGGCUCUUUCUUGGGACGCCCGUCUUACAGUGCCUACGGUUAUGGCUCCUUUGACAACAGUUCCACACUCAGCACAGAGAACAUCUCUGACAGUCUCCUCUCCACAGAAGCAUCGUACAGCUAUGCAGGGCAGGAGUCGUGCCAGCACCGCCAGCGACACUUGGCCAUUGCUAUGGACCGUUCCCUGGAGAGCCUGGCGGGGCGCCCACGGCUCGACUCGCUCAGUUCAGUGGAGGAGGACGACUACGACACCCUGGCCGACAUUGACUCGGACAAGAACGUCAUCCGCACCAAGCAAUACUUGUAUGUGGCGGAUCUUGCGCGCAAAGACAAGCGGGUACUGCGGAAGAAAUACCAGAUUUACUUCUGGAACAUUGCCACCAUCGCUGUGUUCUAUGCCCUGCCUGUCGUCCAGCUAGUGAUCACCUACCAGACGGUGGUGAAUGUCACUGGGAAUCAGGACAUCUGCUUCUACAACUUCCUGUGUGCCCACCCUCUGGGCAACCUCAGCGCCUUCAACAACAUCAUCAGCAACCUGGGCUACAUCCUGCUGGGGCUGCUCUUCCUACUCAUCAUCUUGCAGCGAGAGAUCCACUACAACCGGGCCUUGAUGCGCAGCGACGUGCAGGCGCUGGAGUGUGGCAUCCCAAAGCACUUUGGCCUCUUCUAUGCGAUGGGCACUGCCCUCAUGAUGGAAGGGCUCCUGAGCGCCUGCUACCACGUCUGCCCCAAUUAUACCAACUUCCAGUUUGACACCUCCUUCAUGUACAUGAUCUCUGGGCUGUGCAUGCUGAAGCUGUACCAGAAGCGGCACCCGGACAUCAACGCCAGCGCCUACAGCGCCUACGCCUGCCUGGCCAUCAUCAUCUUCUUCUCGGUCCUGGGGGUGGUCUUUGGCAAGGGCAACACAGCCUUCUGGAUCGUAUUCUCCAUCAUCCACAUCGUCUCCACGCUGCUGCUGAGCACCCAGCUGUACUACAUGGGCCGCUGGAGACUGGACUCCGGGAUCUUGCGCAGGAUCCUGCUCAUGGUUUACACAGACUGCAUCCGGCAGUGCAGCGGGCCCCUCUAUGUGGAUCGGAUGGUCUUGCUGGUGAUGGGAAAUAUCAUCAACUGGUCACUUGCUGCCUACGGCCUCCUUGUCCAGCCCAACGACUUUGCGUCCUACCUUCUGGCCAUCGGCAUCUGCAACCUCCUGCUCUACUUUGCCUUCUACAUUAUCAUGAAGCUCCGGAGUGGAGAGCACCUCCAGCUGAUCCCUCUGCUCUGCAUCGCCUGCACUUCCGUUGUGUGGGGCUUUGCCCUCUUCUUCUUCUUCCAGGGCUUAAGCACCUGGCAGAAAACGCCGGCAGAGUCCCGAGAACACAACCGGGACUGCAUCCUGCUGGGCUUCUUCGAUGACCACGAUGUCUGGCACUUCCUCUCGUCCAUCGCCAUGUUUGGUUCCUUCCUGGUCUUGCUGACCCUGGAUGAUGACCUGGAUUGCGUCCAGCGUGACAAGAUCUAUGUCUUCUAGAUGACUGGAUUCCUGCCAACCUCUCCAGGGCAUCCCACCAGAGGGCCCAAGGCCUUGCUAGGAUGGCUUUCCUUUGGGGAGGACCUCCCACUGGACUUGCACAGCCAGCUUGCCCAAAUGGGACUUGCCAGGGGCUCCCCCACCUUCUCAGCUGUGAUUCUGUGGCGGAAUCCGAACACAGGGGCUGGCGCCUGCUGGGGAAGGCUUCUGGGUUCCCAGUUCAGGGCUGAGGUUUGUGGGUCUGCCUGCCAGGCCGGGCAGCUCUGAAUUUGUUUCUCCUGCAUAUCUGAGGUCUCUUGGGGUGGGGGAAGGGCAGAGCUGGAUGUUGGCUAGUAAGAGGCCAAGGACUGCGAGGAGCCUCGUUGAUUAGCAGUAUCUGGGGCCGCCUGCCAGCUGGCUUGAGCAGUCUUGACCCUGCCCCCUGCUGAGAAAGGGGUUGGGGCUCCCGCCCCCCACAUAUCCUCCUUAGGGGGUUGGGGCAAGCUAGGGCCUGCCGUUUGGGGAGGUUGGGCUGCAGUGGUGCCAGCCAAGCUCCUGCUCCGUUGUGGUCAUCCUCCUGCUAUUAACACCCCCGGCCCUGGAAGAUGAGCGCUGGCUGAGGCUGUGGCGAGGCCCACACAGCUGCGGACCCCUCAGCCUGGCCCCAUUUGCUGCCUCUCCUCAACGGACAAGGAGUUGGGCUGCUGCCUGCGUGAGUUCUGUUCCUUCCAGUGGACCGUGGCUUUCCUCAGGAGGUCAGGUGCAGCUGACCUCACUUGCCAACCACGUAACCUUGGGCAGAGGAGGGCGUUCCUCUUGAUCCCUGAAGCACACAGUAUGGGCCUCUUUCCAGUGCCUACAUCAUUGGGGGGCGGGUUCCUUUGUGGCUCUCUUUUGGCCAGAGAAACCGUCUCACGACCACCACAGUUUACGUUGUGCUGCCUGAGCUUCCUCUUUGGCUGUGCACUUCAGGUGAGCACGCCAAGCCAAGCCAAGCCAGGAAAACCUUCUCUGCUUUGGGGGCACAAACCAGUGUCGGGGUGGCUUGCUGGCCACUUUUUCCAAGGUGGAAGUCAAAGAGGGACAUCAGUUGCCGGGCGGGAGAGGUGACCCCCCCCCAGCCCCCCGCUGCAGAAGGGUCUCUGGUGUUUCUGCAAAUCUGUCUUGAGUGUGUGUUUUAAAGACUGGAUGUUUUUUGUUCAUUUUGUUGUCCUCGGCAUAGUCUUGCCGUUUCCAUUUCUAUUGAUUCUGCUGCCAAAUGCAAAAAAAGAAAGAAAGAAAGAC